UAAGAUGAGGCAAUGACCGUUUUGGGGGACAUUGCUGUUCUUAUGGUAGAAGAAAGAAAUGGCUCUUAGAAGAUAAGAUGCAUGACCUUUUGCUUUAAGCAAGACACAUGACCAAGCCUAGUCUCAUGGGGUGGGGAAGUAUAGCCUUAGUAUCUGCCUCCAUUAUGAUGUGUAAAUUGGUGUGUAUACAUGAAUCAUAGAAACUUAGAGGUCAUCUCAUUCACUCUACAAAGUUUGUAGAUGAGGAAUCUCAGGCCUAGGAAGAAGAAAUUAUUUUUUUGUUGCCACCUAAGUGCUUUGGGGCAUAUCUCUGAUAAAAACCCCCUCCAGUGACUUCAUCAUUUUGUUGGUAUGGAUAUAUUACAAUAAAAAGGAAGAUGGGAUAGCUGAAGUUCAUUACAGGCCCUUUAUAUAUACCCAAGCACAACACAUGCCAAAAGUAACAACCUUGUACCAACACAUUAAAAUUAAUGCUCCUGACUCAUGUCUUCCAUCUAUACUCCACAAAGUACCACUAUAGAGAAGGAAUGGAAAUUAUUUCUGUUUGUUAUCUGUCCCUUUCCUACUUUGCAAUAGACAGGGGUAGUGGCUUUAGGUUUAAUUAAGGGAAUAAACUCAGAAUGUUUAUUUCAUCUCUAAUUCUUUCUUCAUACUGUUUUCAUGCAGUGAAUGGAGAUAACUUCUGAUUUCUAUCAGCUGCUUAUACAUUCAUUUAUUAACCAAGUUAUUCAAGUACCUUCUAAAUGUAAGGAUUUGAUUCUAACUGCCAUGGUGGAUACAAUGAAGAAAUGCAUACUUAAUUAAAACUAAAAUACAAAGCAGUAUGGCAAGUGCCAAAUGAAUAUAUAGUAAGUGUCGUCAUGCUCUAAUAACUCUUUUAUCAGAAACCAGAAGACCAGAAGUAAAAAUAAUCCUUAAAUAUAUUACCAAAUACCAGAAAGUUUUAAUACCAACUAAUACCUUAGCAUCUGUCAUAAUUACUUGCACAGAGUAAGCUGACCAUGAACUGAACAAAAGCUAAAUGUGCCAGAAAAAAUACCAAUGGGGUUGAAAAGAGAGAGGCUGCAGAGAUUGAGCUAAACUUGAGGAGACCAAAGAACAGGUCCUGUCAUGCCUGUCAUGAUUAGAAAAGAGAAAGCAGUGUGGUGGAAGGACUUACUUAAAUCAUCAGAAAUCUUAUCUCGGAUAGUUGAGUGGACUAGUUGGAAGAGACACAGUUGCCAGCAUUCUUGGAGGCUCUAUGGAUCCAGAUGCUGGGAGGAUCCAGAUGCAUUGUGGGCAGGAGAGGAAGUCCCUCGAGGGUCUCAUUUCCAAAUGACUCUUGAAAUCCGACCCCUUUCUCAGGCUUUCUUUUAAGGCUUUGUGUCUGCUUAAUACAGAGAAGGCAGUGGCACCCCACUCCAGUACUCUUGCCUGGAAAAUCCCAUGGGCGGAGGAGUUCUAAGGUUGACUGUACCCACCUUGCCCUUUAGAAUCUUUUCACUGCUCACAGGCAACUAGAACUAAAAGUAGAAAACCCACAAAUUGAAAUAAGUUUUAAACUCAGAUAAAUAUUUAACGUACAUGAUGAUGGAAAUGAGUUGUCAUGUAAGCAGCCAGUAAAGACAUGUGAAUGAUGAACUACUAGAUUUUCCCCAGAUUUGUCAGAUUCUAUUCUAGAUAAUUCUUAAGGAGAAGGGGAAAGGCUGCAGAUGGAAGAAUCUGAGGAAAGUAAAAUUUACAUGUCAUACCUCUUUGACGUGGGAGACAAUGACUGUGAAUGAAGAUAUUUGGUCACAUAACAUGAAGGCAGCUUUGGCUUCAAGUCCUUCAUGUCUGUUGUUCUCAUCUUUUUAAACCAGGGAAGUUCCCUGAGAAUUUAAUUGAGAUAUCACAGAAACAGUUCCAGUUGCUAUUUUCAGUAUUGGUACACUGUAUCUUGUUUUUCUUAAUGUGAUACAUGGAAAUAAAAUUUAUGAACUAUAAUGUAUUGCAUUUGAAAUAUUAACCUACAUAAAUCAAAUUUUCAAAAACUUGUAAAAAUGUGCAAUAAAAAUUGCUUGGAGAGUUUUUGAAGAGCAAAUGUUUUAUGAUCUGAAAUACUCAGUACAUAACUGUCAUUGUUAGAUGAGACACAUUGUCAUGAUUACAUGAAGGGUCUGCUGAAAUGGUUAUAUGAUCAGAGACUACUAGUUCUAUAGGCCCGGUAGUAGAUAACUAUAAAGGGUUUUUUGUUGUUUUGUCUUUUUUUUUUCCUGCUUAGCAUCACAAACCCCUCCUCUUGUCUGGAAAAUUGAAAGCAUUUGUGAGUCUAUGGAUUGCAGUCCAAAAAGCCUGAUACCUUUCCUUAUUUUUGGCAGCCCUCAAGCAUAUGGCCUAAGUUGGGUCAGUUGAACUAUCUUUGUUCUUAGCUGUGAACCAGGAGUAGUGUUACAAGGAGGGAAGAAGAGUUCAGAGUUAGUCCCAGUGGCCUUCCGUCACCCCAUUGGAUCAGAGUCCGAGCGCCCAGCCGCAGUGGUCCACUAACCAGACUGUUUCUUUGGCCGUGCAUACGGCUAUAUGCUUUCUCUAGAUGCCAAGCUAUGGGGUAACCACCCAGGAAAUUGUUUUUCUACCUAAGGACACCACAGACAGUUUCAGUUUUUGCCUCACUGAUAGGAUCACUGUUUAGAGUUGUGGGAAAACUUACUAGCCUAAGGUUGCUGCAAGGCCAGGUUAUGGGCUCCGCAGUUUCGUAAGUAAUGUUAAAGAGCCGCCAGGACUAAGCUCCAGGAGAGAAGAAUCAGCUGGCUUGGUUACUGUGGUGUACCCUGCUCCUGGCCCAGGCCCCCAGCACAUGCGUUUAGUAAAUUUUUAUUUGAUUUUGACCUGAAUGAAUAAAAUAAUAGUACUCAACUUUAGGCCUCCUCACCAUCUAUUUAAAUUUUUGGAUCCUGUCUGCUUUUAGCAUAGGAGGGAACAGAACUCAAAGACGAUGACACUAAGGUGUUAAAUUCAGGUAAAUAGGAGGCUGUUUUUCCAGUGGCAGAAAUGAGGAAAGGGGUGGGGUUGGGCGGGAAAGAGCUAGGUUUCGAUGGUGAUAAACUGAACCUGUUAAAUGCUGUGUCUUUUACGUUUCAUAACUGGGUUAAACCGGUUGUGUCACUCCUUGGACAGCUCUGCACUUGUUUGAAUAGUACAACAGUCCCUCCUACUGAACUUUGAUCCGGCAGAAACAACUGUUAACUAACAACUUCAGACCAUCACUGGAACACCUGUACGAAGAAUGUCCUUCAGUUUAGCUUUGCGUACGGGAUUCUUUUAAACUUUAAAAUGAUUAGAAAACUUUUUAUCGUCCUGCUUUUGUCAUCUGUGACUCUUGGAGAAGCCAGGAAAUCCUUUCUCAGUUUCCUGAACAUAGAGAAGACUGAAGUACUGUUUAUCACAAAGACGGAAGAAACUGUCGUUGUAAGGUCAAGUUACAGAGAUAAACAACCAAACUCCAGCUACCUCCGUGUGCAACUGGAAGACGAUAAAAUGCUCCAAGUGGUGAAUGUGACCAAGGCCUUAUCGGAUGUGACCAACUUUACCAUACACCUGGUGAUGGGUGGAGACGGAGAGACAAAUCUGACCGUUCAGCUGUGGGAUUCAGAAGGUAGGCGCGAAAGGCUCAUUGAAGAGAUAAAGAAUGUCCGAGUCAGAGUGCUCAGACAGAGACAAGGCAGUCCUUUCCAGGCAUCAAACCUCAUCAACAGAAACAUCUUAAUGCUGUUUCUGCCAAUGAUACUGUUAAAUAAAUGUGCGUUUGGUUGCAAGAUUGAGUUCCAGGUGUUUGAAACAGUGUGGAAGAGACCUUUGCCGGUAGUUCUUGGGGCGGUUAUACAGUUUUUUCUUAUGCCGUUUUGUGGAUUCCUUCUAACGCAGAUUUUGGCCUUGCCUGAGGCCCAGGCGUUUGGAUUUAUAGUCACCUGUACGUGCCCAGGUGGGGGUGGGGGCUACCUCUUUGCUCUGCUUCUAGAAGGAGAUGUCACUUUGGCCAUUCUGAUGACUUGCACGUCAACGUUUCUGGCACUGGUCACGAUGCCUACCAAUUCGUACAUAUACAGUAGAAUCUUAGGGUUAUCGGGUACACUGCAUAUUCCUAUUUCUAAAAUUAUGUCAACCCUCCUUUUCAUCCUCGCACCAAUGUCAGUGGGAAUAGUCAUCAAGCAUAGACUACCUGACAAAGCAAAGUUCUUGGAGAGGAUCAUUAGGCCUCUGAGUUUUAUUUUAAUGUUUAUAGGGAUUUAUGUGACUUUCAGCAUGGGAUUGGUGUUUCUGAAAACAGUGAACCUAGACGUGCUUCUGUUGGGUGUCUUAGUUCCUGCUUUGGGCUUGUUGUUCGGGUACUUUUUUGCUAAAAUUUCUAUGCUGCCUCUUCCUGUUUGUAAAACUGUUGCUAUUGAAGGUGGGGUACUGAAUAGUUUCUUAGCCCUUGCCAUUAUUCAGCUUUCCUUUUCACAGUCUGAUGCAGACUUAGCGUCUGUGGCUCCGUUUACAGUGGCCAUGUGUUCUGGAUGUGAAAUGUUACUGAUCCUUCUGUUCUACAAGGCUAAGAAAAGAUGUAUCCUUAACAUAGAAGAAAAAAGAAUGAAAAAUCCCCCAGUCUAACGGUUAAAGCUUUCCUGAAUUUUCCUACUCUGAAUGAGAUACUGUGGGAGAUGCAAAGAAUAUCCAAGAUGAUUCCUGCUCUCAACUCACUUAUGCUCUGAUUGAAAACUUGACAUUAGGGGAGAAAUACAGUCAUAUGUGCCUAACACCCAAUGGACAGUCCAGACUGUUAAAUGUGUAGGAAUUCAGAAGGAGACUACUAUAGCAUUGGAUUGGAAUAUAAUACUUUAUUAUGAUAUAUCCCAAGUAUUUAUAGGAGGGCUGCCCUUCCACAAUAGGCAUUUGGUAACCACUCACACAGUGAAGGGACAUGUAAAUUCCUAUUGAAAUCAGUCCAUCUUAAAUGCAGCACCUCUGGUCUCCUCGGUGUCCCUCCCGUCGUCUCCACCGUUUGCCUUGGGGCACAGGGUCCUCUCUCCCCACUCUUCUCCCUUCUUCCCUCCUCUUUCCUUCAUUGCAGUAGCUGUUUCCUACAGACCGUCUCCUGUAAUAGCUCUCUAGCCGUCUCCUCUCCAUUCUCAGUCCUGCUUUUGUUCUGCCCUAGAUUGCUGCCUCCCUAAACCUUUCUUCCCCAGCUUUUGGCCUGUCUACUCUCCAAUCACUGGCAGAUUAAUGUUCCUAAAACUUAACUUUGAUCAUGUGCUUUCCCUGCUGCAAAGCCGUGUCACCUCUUGAAUAAAGUCUGUAUUCCUAGUGAGGCAUUUCCUACUCUGCUGACUUUAGCUUUCCGGUUUUAUCUCCUCUCCUACUUUUUACACGCAGGCUUUGUUCCAAUCAGCAGAUAACUGGGUCACUCAUGACUGUGCCCUUUGUUCACAUCGUCCCUGCAACCUGAGGGGCCCACAUCAUCUCUGUCUAAACUCGGACCACUCUCACAGACCUGGCUCAAACACAAGCUUUAACUAAUCCCUGCUAGCUACUGGGAAUUGAAAUUUCCUCUAAAUUCUCAUCAGUUUUUUACAUUCAUAGUAUUUAGCCAGUCUGGCUUGCAUUACAGUUCUUUGUGUUGCUAUUGUAUCCUCCUUAUCUUGCUAUAAGUCUUUGAACAUGUAUUUUAUAAACAUAACAUGUAAACAAUGCAAUAUAAUAAGUUUAUAUAAUAGCAUAAACAGUAGAAUAUAAACAGUAGAAUAUGCUAAUGCAAAUAAUAUUUAUUUUGAUACUUUACAUAAUGUCUAGCACAUUUCCUAUGUGCUUAUUCAAAUAAAGUGUUGAAGCACAGA